AUGGGGGCCGCAUGCAGACGGGACGCCCAGCAGCUCGCAAGAACUCGGCCUGCAGCCUCGUCGGCAGCCCAGUUUGCAGCAGAAGAAGGAGAGAAGCACCGCCGAGCACUGUCUCGCACCGACCACCAAGAAGACAGCCGCCGAGCUGUCAAGCGUGAGGCCAUGGCCGGCCCUCCCGACGCCGCCUGGGCGAUGGUGACUGGCGACGCGUGGGCCCAAUCGCACUUCAACUUCAAGGAGUUGAAGGGAGCCGGUGGGCAGAGACAAGCCGCCACCAUUGCAGUGAUGCAGUAUGUCUCCGUCUCGCUGUCUUCAGGGGCGAGUGGGGUUGUCGUUUCGUGUGAGCAGAGGCCUAGCAGCAACCUGCCGGACGUGCCGGCAAACGGCCCUCUGGCUCUCAAGAUGGUGAGCCUAUACGGCCAGAGAGCCACUGGCAGAGGGCUAGAGGGUGUCACUGUUUUGGUUGAUUGACAUACUCAUGUGUGUGAUGCAUUCAUUGCAGCCCAAGCUGCCGCCCAACCCAACACCGGACGAUAUCGAUGACGUGGAAUAUAGCACCCAGGAAGAGGUAAUGGAUUCAUUAUCGCUCACCCCCGCCCGCCCGGCAACGCAUUGUCGUUUGUGGUGCGUUGACUGCAGGUCAAGAUGGGCAAAGAGGUGGCCGGCAACGACAACAUAUGCACGACCUACGCCAUGUUCACCACCUUGACCGGCCCCCAACACCAAAAGCGAUUCUGGAUCGUCCAGAAGGGGUGUGAGACGACUCUGGGGGUGUGGAUCGACGCGGAGAGGGCAAAAGACAUCGCAGCGGGCAUGUACGGUACGUUACCUUCUCAGUCAAGCAAUCAAUCAGACACUCAAUCACACAAAGGUAUGCCUGUCUCUGUCUGUGUGUGUCUGUGUGUGUGUGUGCGUGUGUGUGCGUGUGUGUGCGUGUGUGUGUGUCCAUUGGAUGCGACCAGGGAUUGGCGUUGACAAGGUGUUGUUGAAGUUCUAUCCGUUGCUCAAGGGGGUUGCUCACAUGCACUUUAAGAAAGGUGCGAAGAGCCGGACAUUCAACAGAUACACAGGCGUGCAGACACCGAGUACGGCGUUUGUUUCCUGCCUGCAGUAGCCCACCUCGACCUCAAAGCCGAGAACGUAUUCCUCACCAACACCGAGACGGUCAAGAUAGGAGACUUUGGUACGGAGGCAUAGACUCUUUCCCUUGUGUGCCUGUCUGUGGAUGUUUAUCGGUCUGGCUGUCUGUCUGGCUGUCUGUCUGGCUGUCUGUCUGUCUGGCUGUCCAGGAUUGUCGGAGAAGUUUGACGCCUCCAUCAGCCACCACACUCCGCAGAUGGUCGGCGGCACAAGCCAGCCCGCAAAAAAAAGAGACAUCCAUCUAUUGGUUGGUGCAUUGAUGGCUUGGUGGUGCAGUGUACGCUGCCUUACCGGGCCCCAGAGAUGCUGGGAGGCAAGACCGACUACACACUCGAAGUGGACAUGUGGUACACAUUUGUGGACUGACACACAUCAUGGAUCUGUCUGUCCAUCUGACGCCUGUGUCUGUGUGUGUUUGUGUGGUGUCUGCAGGUCGCUGGGGGUAAUGUUGUAUGCCGCCCUCAAGGGCGUGGCUCCCUUCAAAUUCACCCUGGACGACGAUUAUGGCCGGGUACGCCGAGCCCACAUCAUGAGAUUGCGUAUUGUGUCUGUGUGUGUGAUGUCUUUGACUCAUUGUGCAGUUUGAUUUGCUCAAUGAGAUCCUAAGGCACCGACGGGCGCCGCCGGCUUAUCUGUAA